AUGGUCGACACCCUUCGGUCCGCGAUAAAAGAGGCGCAGCGUCUAAAGCCUAUCGAUUUAGUGACAAUGAGCCGAAUCGUUUCCGAGAAUACUAUCAUUGCCGGCGAUUUGAAGAUACGUAAAGGUGAACGAAUCGCUGUCGACGUCUCCAGUAUGAUGGAUCCAGCCAUUUAUGGAAACCCAGAAAAUUUUGAUAUCUAUCGCUUUGUCCACCUGAGCGAGAAACCGGACUGGACGAAGCGCGGCUUGUAUCAACAAGUGCGGAACAUCUAG